AUGGUCGAGAGGAUUAUUGCUCGAAAUGGGGUAAAUAUUGCCCUUCAAAGGCCAAAUUAUACAUCACCUCUGUUAGAGUAUAUCUUACAGGCGGAAGCACCCCCUAGAACAAAAAUCCCCAAAUUCACUAAGUUUUAUGGGGAUACUACUGAAUCCACUAUCGAACAUGUGGCUAGAUAUUUAAUUGAGGCAGGAGACAUGUCAAACCAUGAGAACCUUAGGAUAAAGUUUUUCCCAAGUUCUCUCACAAAGAAUGCCUUCACAUGGUUCACCACCUUGCCACAAAGUUCGAUCCACACUUGGAGUCAACUAGAGAGAAUGUUCCAUGAGCAGUUUUACAUGGGACAAACAAAGGCUUCGUUACUCAAAGCUAUGUGUUUUACACAAGUUCCAGAGCAUGAACUGGUCGAAAUGGCCGCAGGGGGCCUUGAUUAUUCGAUUAGGAAGAAAUUAGAUACCCAAUAUCUGAGAGAUAUGGCCCAACUGGCCGAUAGGGUUCGACAGUUAGAACGUUUGAAGGAAGAAAAUGCUAGAGCAAAUAAAAACAAAAGGGUAGCCUAUGUCGAUUUCAGAAAUGAUGAUGAAGGGUCCUGUAACGGACUUUCAAACUUCGACGAAAAUGAGAUCUAUCUUGCUGAAUUGAAGCAAAGGCCACCUUACGCGUGCAAAGUUUUGGCCCAUUCGAAUGGAAAAAACCCUAUCGAACCAGAAAAGAAUGAUAAAUUUCCUAAGAAAACUUAUACUUUCGACGUUACAAAAUAUGAUGAAAUUUUUGACUUGUUAGUUAAGGAUGGUCAUAUGAUAGUACCCCCGGGUGCUAAAGUGCCUCAUUUAGAACAAAGAAAGAAAAGAGGGUUUUACAAAUACCAUGGUUUUCUGGGUCAUAAAACAUCUCAAUGUUUUCUUUUCAGGGAUCUUGUGCAGAAUUCCAUCCAAGAAGGGAGACUCAAAUUUGGAGACAAAACUCAGAGCCAGAUGAAGGUCGACUAUGAUCCUCUGUAA